GAUAAUCUGGCCGCCUGACCCGGGAGAAUUUCCAAGUCACCUGUGAUAUCAAGAUCAAGAUCGAGGCCCCAAGCAAAACAAGCACUGAGGGAGAGGAAAAUAAGCCAGCAUGUCAGAGAGCGGCGACCAGGUGGUGUUCCAGGCCGGCCACGAUGAACUGACACAUGAGGAAAUAUGGGAUGACACACUACUGAUCCAGCAGUAUGAUGAAGCCAUGGCCCAGGUGGCCCUGAAGCUGGCUCAGCGUAACUCUGCCGCCAACACCGAGAGUGAGCAGUCUGAGGCCAGCCAUGCAAGAGGAGGAGGUCAGGGCCAGCAGCAAGGCACCCGCAACACCAACAGAAAGAAAAAGAAGAAGAGCAAAAAGGGAACCAAUUGGCACACGGGAGACUACUGCCGGGCAUGCUACACCGUGGAUGAGGAAUGGUAUGAGGCCGCCAUCACCACCAUCAACCCCCACACCGCCCGCUGCAUUGUGCGCUACCUUGGCUACAACAACGAGGAGGAGCUGCCUCUCAGUGCCCUUCAGAAAAGCAAGGGUGAAACAGCACGGCGCAGACAGCAGGAGGCAGCGGCCUGUGAUGCCCUGUCCGAGAUGGACCAGUGCAGCUCAGUGGCUGAGAGUGACCAACAAUCCGACACUGACUGUGAGAGGAACAAUAAGAGGCAGCGGCUGCCACCUAAGAGAAACUCCCUUCGUGGCGCGAUGCCUCCUCCAAACCAUCCCACUGUUGGCCUGGGCAUCCCCCCGCCACACCUUCCCUUGCUGCCGCCUCCCCCAGCCCUCACCCUGGAUGCCGGUGGGGAUCCCCAGUCCUCGGAGGCGCUGCACACCAUGCUCAUGAGCUGGUACAUGACCGGCUACCACACUGGCUACUACCAGGGGCUCCAGCAUGCACGGGGGAGGCAAAUGAACCAAUAACAAUAAGCAAGGGCAUAAUUCAAAGUGGUGGUAGGCAUGUACCUAGGGUAAAAGUAAAGCUUUCUUUGUACUUUGUAAAUGAAAUAAUGGUGGACAGUGAGCUCAUUUAAAUGCAAGAGUGUAUGGUUGUUCAUCAUCUUGGUGUGCUCACAGAUACAUAGACUAUAUUUUCAUAAUAUGUAUUCUAAAGAAUUGAUUUUGAGUUACUGUUGACUUUGAGUGAUUUUUUUGUAAUAAAAGCCUCACUCAAAAAGAGCUAUUGAAAUGUCAAGAUUUAAGAUUUCUUUAAUUAUAAUUACACUAAAUCAUCUCUUUGGCUCAAUGGUAAGUAUUUUCCAAACCUGCUUUCCAUCUUUAUGUGAGUGCAAAGAUCCCAAAAUGCUCUAUUAGGUUAGAGCUUAAAAUUCAGUUCUCUGUUGUUCAGUUAGUUAUAAUAAAAGUUACCUUACUA